AGGGGCAUGGGUAUGCAAACUGGAUGAAUCUUGAACAGGGUAAGAGCAAGGAUUUGAAACUCCCAUCUGUCAAGUUAAUACUUCAAAGACAGAGUUUCCAGCUUUCCUGAGGUGUGUGGAUCCUGUCUUUCUGUCCAGAAUCCUCCCUCCCAUAAGCUCACUUUACUUCUAAUGUAGAAUAGAGUGGUUUUUAAAUUAAUUCCAAAAGGAAAAUAGUAAUGACAGAAAGACUGUCUCUCAGUCCUGGUAGAAACAUAUCUGCUUCACAGUUUGGGAUCAGAGUUAGACUCUCUUACUGCUGAACAAGGAGGAAAAAAGAGUUCCAGAGAGCAAUUUACCUGUAGUAAAUACACAAUUGCAAUAAAACAUACGUUCUCCCUGGCAGAUUUCGGAAUUUUCUGAUUGGUGCCUUAUAUGGCAUAUGUUACACAUUGACACAGAUUAAAUUUCUCUCUUGACUGGAAUAAUGCAUGCUCAGGAGGAAUGCUAGUGACCUAGCAAUACGCCCGAACAGCUCGCGGCAAGUGGUGGAGCAGAGUUCCUGGAGGACGGCUAGCUGAGGGCAGAGCACUCCCUUCAGCUGUGCCAUUCUGCCUCUCUCCUCCUCCUUCUCCUCCUCCUUUCUCCCUCCGUUUUCUUUCCCUCUGCCUUUGCCUGUUACACUUUCCCCAGACCCUUUGGCUUUGUUGUGCUGCACGUCUGUUUAGCAGGAGGGGGAUUGGCUGCUCGCCGGCUCAGGGAGGACUUCCCCGCAGCCCACCCCAACCCACUCACCCACCCCUGGGUCAGGAAAUGUGAGCAGAGCUGAUGGAGGCGGAGAAGCAGGGCUGAAGUUCGCACCAGCACUGGAUGUGACAGCAGGCAGCGGAACGCUUCACAGCUUGUUCGGUGUCCGACCCCAGGUCCCGGACAGACCCAACCAUGGAGGGCUGCAGCUGGACCGCUGCUGGCACCCUGCUUCUGGCUUCACUCCUCCUGAGCUCCAGAACAGCUCGCUCAGAGGAAGACCGAGACUCGCUGUGGGACGCCUGGGGUUCAUGGAGUGAAUGUUCACGUACUUGUGGAGGAGGGGCUUCAUAUUCACUGAGACGCUGCCUGAGCAGCAAGACCUGUGAAGGGCGAAACAUCCGAUACAGGACGUGCAGCAAUGUGGACUGCCCUCCAGAAGCAGGUGAUUUUCGUGCUCAACAGUGCUCGGCACACAAUGAUGUCAAGUACCAGGGGCAGUUUUAUGAGUGGCUUCCUGUCUCUAAUGAUCCUGACAACCCGUGCUCGCUGAAGUGCCAGGCCAGAGGGGCAGCUUUGGUUGUAGAACUGGCACCGAAGGUUCUGGAUGGGACCCGGUGCUACACUGAAUCCCUGGACAUGUGCAUCAGCGGCUUGUGCCAAAUUGUUGGCUGUGACCGCCAGCUGGGAAGCGCUGUCAAGGAAGAUAACUGUGGGGUCUGCAAUGGCGAUGGGUCCACCUGCCGUCUGGUUCGAGGCCAGUAUAAGUCCCAGCUCUCAGAAAAUAAACUGGAUGAUACGGUGGUUGCUAUUCCCUAUGGAAGCAGACAUGUUCGCCUCGUGCUGAAAGGACCUGAUCAUUUAUAUUUGGAAACCAAGACUCUCCAGGGUGUGAAGGGUGAAAAUAACCUUAGUUCCACAGGUUCCUUCAUUGUGGACAAUUCUAGCAUCGACUUCCAGAAGUUUCCUGACAAGGAGAUACUGAGGAUAUCUGGGCCUCUCACUGCAGACUUCACUGUCAAGAUCCGCUAUGCUGGUGCUGCUGACAGUUCAGUCCAGUUUAUCUUCUACCAGCCUAUCAUUCACCGAUGGAGGGAAACUGAUUUUUUCCCUUGUUCAGCAUCCUGUGGAGGAGGUUAUCAACUGACUUCUGCUGAAUGCUUUGAUCUGAGAAGCAACCGGGUAGUAGCAGAUCAAUACUGUCACUAUUACCCUGAAAAUAUCAAGCCAAAGCCAAAACUUCAGGAGUGUAAUUUGGAUCCUUGUCCUGCAAGUGAUGGAUACAAGCAGAUCAUGCCCUAUGACCUCUACCAUCCCCUUCCUCGGUGGGAAAGUACACCCUGGACUGCCUGUUCCUCCUCCUGUGGAGGGGGCAUUCAAAGCCGCAGUGUCUCAUGUGUGGAGGAAGACAUUCAAGGGCAUAUUAGCCCUGUCGAAGAAUGGAAAUGCAUGUAUACUCUGAAGAUGCCUGUUGUCCAACCUUGCAAUAUAUUUGACUGCCCAAAGUGGCUUGCUCAGGAGUGGUCACCGUGCACUGUGACCUGUGGGCAAGGGCUCAGAUACCGCGUGGUUCUUUGCAUUGAUCACAGAGGGAUACAUACAGGAGGCUGUAGCUCUAAAACAAAGCCACACAUAAAAGAAGAAUGCAUUGUACCCACUCCUUGCUACAAACCCAAAGAGAAACUUCCUGUGGAAGCAAAGUUGCCAUGGUACAAACAGGCUCAAGAGCUGGAAGAAGGAGCAGUGGUGUCUGAAGAACCAUCGCUGCUCAUAGGAUUCUCAAGGUUUAUUCCUGAGGCUUGGUCUUCCUGUAGUGUCACCUGUGGAGUGGGCAGCCAGGUGCGACUUGUGAAAUGUCAAGUGCUCCUGUCUUUCUCUCAGUCUGUUGCUGACUUGCCCAUUGACGAAUGUGAAGGUCCAAAACCUGUGUCUCAGAGAGCCUGUUACAGUGGCCCUUGCAGUGGAGAGGCAACUGAAUAUACUCCAGAGGAAACCGACCUGCUCUAUGGCAGCUUUCAGGAAUUUGACGAGCUCUACGACUGGGAAUACGAGGGUUUUACUGAGUGCUCAGAGUCCUGUGGAGGAGGUGUCCAGGAGGCUGUGGUGACCUGCCUGAACAAGCAAACCAGGGAGAUUGCAGAUGAAACAUUGUGCGUAAUGAGCCGCCGUCCUCCACAGCUACUGAAAGCCUGUAGCCUGGACCCCUGCCCCCCAAGAUGGGAGAUUGGGAAAUGGAGCACCUGCAGUCUUACUUGUGGGGUCGGAUUGCAGACACGAGAUGUCUUCUGUUCUCACCUAUUAUCAAGAGAAACUAAUGAGACCGUGAUCUUGGCAGACGAAUUGUGCCAUAAGCCUAAACCAUCCCUUGUGCAAGCCUGUAAUCGCUUUGACUGCCCACCCUCCUGGUAUCCUACAGAAUGGCAAGAGUGUUCACAGACAUGUGGAGGUGGUGUCCAGAAGCGAGAUAUGCUUUGCAAGCAGCGUCUGGCAGAUGGAAGCUUGUUAGAGCUGCCAGAAACUUUCUGCUCCAUGCCGAAGCCAGUUACCCAACAAGCCUGUAAAAAUGAGGACUGUCCCAAUGAAUGGCUUCUCUCUGACUGGUCACAGUGUUCAGUGACUUGUGGAGAGGGAACCCAGAGUCGAAACGCUAUUUGCAGAAAGAUGCUGAAAACUGGGGGUUCUGUCAUCAUCAAUUCCUCACUGUGCCCACCUUUGCCAUUCUCAUCCUUGAUCAGGCCUUGUGCACUAGCUGCCUGUGCAAGGCACAACAGGCCAACUCAUAAGCAAAGUCCCCAUAUUGUGGCCGUAAAGAAAGUUUACAUCCAGACAAGGAAGCAGAAGAAGCUACACUUUAUUGUGGGUGGGUAUGCAUACCUGCUACCCAAAACCUCCGUUAUUCUCCGCUGCCCCACAAGGAGGUUCCGGAAGUCGAUGAUCACUUGGGAGAAGGAUGAUAAGAGGCUCAUCACUUCAGCUCACAUCACUAUUGCACCCUAUGGUUACAUGAAAAUCCAUCGUUUGAAGCCUUCGGACACUGGGACAUACACCUGCAUAGCAGGGCCAGCCCGUGAACGUUUUGUAAUUAAACUAAUAGGAAGCAACAAGAAGCUCAUUCCUGGGCAGCCAGCUGUCAUUAGGGAGGAAGAGUCCAUGGGAAAGGCCAGCCUAAAUGAAGCCUUGCGAACACAGGAGAAACAUGUCAAUGGGAUUCUCUUCAAUGGAAGCAAGGCUGAAAAGCGAGGACACAUUGCUGACCCUAGCAGCUGGUAUGAUGAUAUUGUCUCAAGGCUGCUACAGCACAGGGGUUGGCCAGGGGAAAGUCUGGAGUCCUGGGAAGACCAGGAAUCCAUGGAGAGAAACAUAUCCUCAGAGGAAGACCAGAGCCGGGAAUAUAACCUGCCAUUUACUAUGGUCACAGAGCAGAAACGUUUAGAUGAUAUCAUAAGGAAUUUUUCUCAGCAACCUGAGGAGCUUAAAGAUAUCUACACUGAGCAGCUUGUUGUACAGCUGGCUCAUGACAUUUUUAGGAGUCACUUGGAGCAUCAGGAAUCUGUCCUCAAAGCAUCAAGGCGAAGAGUUGACUCAACUUCUGUGGAAUACCCUUUCCACAGACGAGUUUCUGGAUUUACUAGCUCCCUGAGGACAUCAUCUGCUGAAGCACUUCUUCCCACUUCCAUGGACAUGACAAACAGGUUGCGCAGACCUCAUCAAAAGCCUGCCAUCCUCCGAAAGAUUUCAGCAGCACAACAGCUUUCUGCUUCAGAGGUUGUCACCCACCUGGGACAGACAGUGGUCCUAGCCAGUGGCACACUGAGUGUGCUGCUUCACUGUGAAGCAGUGGGAAACCCAAAGCCCACCAUCAGCUGGGCUAAGAAUGGAGAGGAGGUGAAAUACAAUGAUAGGAUGCUUCUUCAGCCUGAUGACUCCUUGCAGAUUCUAGCGCCUGUGGAGGCUGAUGUGGGUUUCUAUGCUUGCAAUGCAUCUAAUGCUCUGGGAUCUGACUCUGUGUCCAUUGCUGUCACUCUAGCAGGAAAGCCGCUAAUAAAGGCAUCAAGAGCUACUGUUAUCAACACUGAGUUAUCUGCUGUCACUGUUGAUAUUGGAAGCACGGUGAAAACAAUCCAGAGAGCAAAUGUUACCAUUAACUGCCAGGUUGCAGGUGUUCCUGAAGCAGAAGUUACUUGGUUUAAAAAUAAGGUGAAGCUAUCCUCUGCUCACCACCUGCAUGAUGGGUUGCUGCUAAUUGCGAAUGUUUCUCUGGCAGAUCAGGGUUUAUACUCCUGCAAGGCAGCCAAUCUUCGUGGGGAGGUAACUGAAAGCUCCCAGCUGUUUGUUCUUGAGCCUCCACGACCCCUUCCUCAACUAGAAGACUUUACAGCAGUGCUUUUCAGCACUGGGACCAGACUUCCUUCAGUGCUGACUUCUCCUUCAGGAACAAAAAUGGCCAUCAGUCCAGGGAGCUCUGCUCUCAUAGGUUGUGCUGUGGAUGGCCAUCCAACCCCAAACAUCACCUGGCUUUACUCUGGCAAGCCUCUCAGUCUGAGGCAUCACCUCCUGGCAGCAGGACGAGUUCUUCAGAUAUUCAACAUUAGUGAUGCUCCUGAAGGUGAAUUCAGCUGUCUUGCUCAGAAUGAGGCUGGCUCACUCAUACAAAAUACUUCCCUGACAAUUCAAGAAUACCAGUGGUCAGUGGACAAGCUGAUGGCUUGUUCUGCUUCCUGUGGCCACAAAGGGGUGCAGCUGCCCCAGCUCAGAUGCUUACUGGAUGGGUCUGAAGUCAACAUAUCUCACUGCAAAGAGAAGCCCAAGCCAUCCCUGCAGCCCAUCGCAUGCAACAGGAGAGACUGCCCUUCACGAUGGAUGGUAACUUCAUGGUCUCCAUGCACGCGGAGCUGUGGUGGAGGCAUCCAGACGCGGCGAGUGACAUGUCAGCGACUGACAGCAAAAGGCAGCUCUGUCCCGAUGUCAAACGAGGCUUGUGUCCAAGUGUCCAAGCGCCCCGUGGACACUCAGAACUGUAACAAGCAACCCUGUGUCGAGUGGGUGGCCUCCUCCUGGGGCCAGUGUAAUGGGCCUUGCAUUGGACCACGACUGGCUGUACAACACAGACAGAUACUUUGCCAGACCAAAGAUGGGACUUCUGUGUCAUCUGAUCAAUGCAGUGCCUUGCCAAGGCCUUUGAGCACUCAGAACUGCUGGACUGACAUCUGUGGUGUGCACUGGAGGGUCAGCCUGUGGACCGUCUGUACGGCUACCUGCGGAAACUACGGCUUCCAGUCCCGACGCGUCGACUGCGUGCAUAUCCGCACCAACAAGCCUGUGCUGGAGCACUACUGCUCCUGGAGACCACGGCCGGCCAACUGGCAGCGCUGCAACAUCACGCCCUGUGAGAACAUGGAGUGCAGAGACACCACAAGGUACUGUGAGAAAGUGAAGCAACUCAAACUUUGCCAGCUCACCCAGUUCAAAUCACGCUGCUGUGGGACUUGUGGAAAAGCUUGAAGACAAAUGCAAUGAAAAUGGAGGAACAAGGGGAUCACAGCCUUUGCUUCAAUGAGGCAAGGACUUUCACAGAAAAUAUAAAUGGAAUGGAUUUUUUUUUUCAUUUUAUUUAUUUAUUUCCCUUUAAAAGAAAAAAAAGGAAAAAAAAAAAAAAAGGAAAAAAGGAAAAAGAAAACCUUUUAACAAAUUGUUGUUGUAAAGGGACCUGACAAGUUUUCCCUCCUAUAAAUCUGGGAGACAGAAUGCAGCAAAAUAAUCAUGAGGUUAGAUAACAAAAAGUCAAAGAAUCCCAUGCCACCAGCAAAGGGCCUGAGAGGAGUGGGGCUGCCCCAAAAUGUUUGUAUACACUUGGGGAUACACCAAUAGAUAGAUGGGGAAGCACAUCAAAAUGUAAACCUAGCAUCACAUUGAACCACCACAACAUGAAUCAAAGAAUCAAACAGCUUGACAGAUCAUAGGGUUUGCAGAAAACAAAACAAAACAAAGCAAAAAAUAAAUAAAUAAAUAAAAAUAAAUAAAAAUAAAAAUAAUUAAAAAAUACUAAACAAAACAUUCAUCUGUGCAGUAUACCAACCAUAUAUCUUAGAGUAGUUUGGGAAUAUAAGCAUAUGAUUUUGCUUUAUAAUCCUAUUAUUACAACCAAGAUUGGUUGUAUACCUUUCUAUACCCCUCUCUCCUUCUCCUCCCAGGCCUUCAAAUGAUCUCAGUGGGAGAUAGCUGUUGAUCUUUGAAGAUCUAGAGUCAUGUCUGAUAAAGUUAAACAAUGUUGUGUAAUGUGAGUGAGUCUAGAAGACAUCUGAAAAAGUUCCCAGAGUGUAUUUGAGAGGGAGGCUCGGCACUGGGAGGGUUGCUUCAGCACAGAGAUGAGGUGGUUAUGUUAGCUAUUAUCUAGGAGAAGGAAAGAAAGUAUGAUCUGCUACUAACAGACUGUAACACAAACCUGCAAAUGUUGUCCUGUGCAUAACACAGACAGGGAAAAUAUCAUUUGUGGUAACAAGAGCUGCUUCACAUACUACAUCCUACUAACACUUCAUAGGAAUAAAUAGGAGUACUAGUUCCCAGAGUUCAGGUUCUUUGAGAGCUGAGGUUUGGGUAAGAAAUUUGAGGAAGUGGGUUUUCCUUUCCUGCUAAUAUGAAUAUUUUCUCUCCUGACAGCCAAGCCUUUCAGUCAAGUAGUAGAAAAAAUUUCUGAUAUCUUUGGCUUUGUUCCUACUCAGUAGAAACAGAAUAGAUUCAGCAUCCGUCCCAGAGGGCUAACACCAAUAAAUUUUGAUAAGUUUGCUCCUCUCUGGCUGCCUCCCACAAGAAAAUGGGUAGUACAAAACAGCAUAUUUUUUAAGCCUGGGUUUAACACCCUAAAAAUAUGAUCUAAAAAGUGAGCCUCAAACAUCACACAUUGCAGGCUGUCUGUGAGUCUUUCUCCCUAGCCAAUUGCAGUGACUAUUCAUCCAUUGAAGUACUUCAUCCUUUUAGUUCCUGGGCAAUUCCUGCUCUGCUCUGAAUAGGGCUUUAAAAUUAGAAGGGAUUUGCAAAGUAGGAGGUUUGAGCAUUAUAAAAAUUUAAAAGAGAUCUAUCUGGAUCUGAGGCUUUGACUUGAGACCAUCUUUAAAUCAAAGGUUUGGCUGUGCUUUACCCCAGUGGGGCUCAGGCCUUGUGGUACAUUAAUGAAAGGCUGUUCAAGUACUGCUGUGUUACAGAUUCCGUAACGUGGACUUUUCAGCAAAACUGGGAAUCUAAUUCUGAGGUCAGUGUCAGAUACAUGACAUUAAACUGUCUUCAGUUUGGUUGCUUCAAAACACAUCCGGCAGUGGAUGCUCUCACUACGAAUGGGUCUUCAAGAAAUAGUGUUGCUAAGCUUCCGUGUAACUUUUUAUUUAAAAAAAAAAAAAAAAAAAAAAAAGAAGAAUGUCUUUCUAUGUAUGUAAAUGUAUAUCUUUUGUGUAUAUUUAUUAGGAUUUCUUGUAUAAAAAGUGCAAUAUUAAUAAUUGUACAUUAUUUUGUCCAGAUAAAGCUAUUUGUGUUUUUUUUUGUUUUUUUUUGUUGUUUGUUUGUUUUGUUUUUGUUUUUAUUUUAUUUUUUUAUUUUUUUAAAUCUCCCCAGAAUGUUGUUCCUCUAAAAUCAAUGGUAAUAGUGUAUUUUUCACUUGCAUUUAAUUGAGGAUCUGCUUCACUGUGCACUGAGUGCUUUAUAAAAUAUGACAUGAUGGAGGGGUGGCAUUUUUAACUUGUGAAAUGAUAGUUAUGCAUGGAAUGAAGGACAAUUCCUUAAUAAUAAUAGCAAUAAUAGCAAUAAUAACAAUAAUAACAAUAAUAAUAACGUGGUGGAUAUUUCUAGUACUGUAGUUAACAAAAAGCAGCACAGGGAAGUAUUUACAUUUGUUUGAUAGCUAAGCAUAUUCAGAUGAUCAUGUGUUGAAUGGUAGCUGUGUAACCAUGCUGAGGAUAAACAAAAAGGAUCAGAUCUGGAGGAGCCACUGUGUCAUCUCUGCAUAGUGUGAAUCUAAUUUCAUGUGUUUGUUCUGUGAAUUGUGACUUGGCAACAUCUCAGUAAGAUUUCUGAAUAUUUUACAAAAGAACACUUUCCUUCUCUAAAAAGAAAACAAACAAGCAAACUUGUAUUUAUAUAUAUUUUUGUACAGGUAAUGCAGGAUACUUAGUUAACUACUGCUGUCUGAUGUGUUGUUUAUUAAUCUUUAAAAAAAGCCAAAGUAGCAAAGCUUUUGAAGUACUCUGUCCUUAUUCUGUAUUACCACAGCAGCAAACAGCUGUUACAUGAAACAUACAUGAUUCACCAUCAUCCUCUUUCCCCAAGACAGGAUCAACCCUGUCUUAAUUUCUUUUUAAAAGUCUCCAGUCAUUAAGAUUCUAUGCCUUGUCUUGGAGAUCUGUUUGAACUCUUCAAUUGCCUUGCUUUAUUCUUUUUAGCCUCUGUUUUUCUUCUAGAGGCAUAAGGCCAUUGCUGGUCCUAAGUUCAUGGCAAGUAUAUAGGCUCAUAAAAGUAUAUUCCUUUUCUGUACACAGAAACCAUCAAAAACAUCUUAUAACUCUUCUCAGCAACUCCUGGAGUAAAGCAAUGCAUACUACCCCUAUUAUUCAGUCUUUUCUUAUAUGUUCCCACUACUUUCAUUAACAGAACUUGCAACUCAUUGAAGCAUCAAGUGUAUAAAAGGAAUCCUACUCAUGAGCAGAAUGACGAGGAAGAAAACAUGAAUAAAGUAUUUCUCUUAACAAAGACAAAAUCAGGUUUUGAAUGUGAAGCUGGUUCUGCUGUUGCCCCUUUUCGAACAAAUGUUAUAAUGCCUCUUCUAAAAGGGAAUGAUGAUUUUGCUCUCAUUUACUGACAGUUUCCCCAGUAUGGUGUUCCCUCCUACACUUUUUAGACCCCUACACUGCAGGUGAAUAUCUCAUAUAAGCACAUGCACACACAGAUGCAGGCCAAAGACAACCCCUACAACUUCCAAGCAACUGCACUGAAGGUAAUGGGAACUCAGUCAUUCAUUUUGAGUAAAACAAAUAUAAAAGCUGGCGUUGAUAAUAAAAUGAACAGCAGACCAGCUUAGGUUCUCCAGAGAAUAAUUACUCUUUUUUCAUGCAUAUGGCUCUGGUUACCAGUCAAGUCAAAAAGCCUUCAAAACCUUCAAAGCAAGCUUCCAGAUUUCUCCCUACUAAUUUUCACUGAGAAAGAAAAACAGUUGUGCAACAAGCAGACAAAUGCAGUGCUGAAAGGUUCCCAACAGGAGACCCAUUCCAGGCCCUUGUUCUGUGGCAAGGUAAGCACAACUAAGCUACUCCAGACAUGUAUGUCUACAUGCAUGCCUUUAAAAGCCAUAGAAACCAUGAGGGAGAAUUUUCCAAAGUAGCCAUUAGCUGGAUUUUUUUUUCCUACUAUAUGGCCGUAAUCAUACAAACUGUAAAUUAAGGUUUUGUUUGUUUUCUUUGCUUUUUGUUUUGUUUUGUUUUGUUCUUUUUAAGCUAACUUCUCUGUAGGUAGAGUUUACACUUUUUUGUUGCCCUUUUUAGCUGACUUCUACCUAUCAGAAGAUCCCUUCUUUCACACUUGGCCAAUCCUUCCUCUACCAUCUUGUGGUCUAUAUGAACUCAUUUUGUCAGCUUCUCUCCGAAAUCUGACUCUCUACUCUUCCCCUCCCAUCUCUUUAUUUUAUCUGCACCCUCGCUCAUUUUGGGUUCUUAUACUUGGGUACACACUUCCAAUAGCUAGAAAACAGUCUUGAAUGUUUUGCAACCACACUUCAGAUCAAGACUACUCCUGUUUCACAUUUGGCUUGGUCACUUCAUAGUCCAGUAUAACUGCUAACAAGAUAUACAUCAUUUCUUGUACUGCAUGUUGCUUUUAUCCAUCUGGUGCCUGGUAUUUGCACUCCUCUGUACUAGGCACUGCAUCUCUUACCCAGUCUAUUAACAUUAGCAAGACUUGAAUCCUAGUUUUUGCCAUUGGAGGUACUGUUAGGUCACCAGCAUGGCAUAACCCGCAGAGUUCUUCAGUAUGGUCUUUUUUCCAGCUUUAAAGUCCUGGAAAUAGUAGAGGAAGUAUAGUGGCCUCUGUGGCAUCAACAUCUGAAAUAGCUGCUGCAGCUUUUUAGAAACAGGUUUCCUGACCCCUACUGCACCAAUUUGGCUAAUGAAAUACAGUCUAGUGGAUGGUGUGCUUAAAGAAUGAUGCAUGUGAUUUUGUCAACAUUAUUACCAAGAUGUAUCUACUGCUUUCUUCUGACCCUCCUUGCAAGUUAUCCUAUGAAACAAAAAGCUAAUGAUCACCUUAUUUGUUUUGUGCCUAAACACUGAUUCAUAAAUAAAUUUGAUUAAUUCUUUGUCAGUGUAAUCUGACACCUCAGUUUGUAGACAAAGGUGAACCAAGUGUUAACUCUCUUCCAGAUUUUCAAGACCAUUAAAGUCCUCCCAAGUUCUUAAUGAUAACUGUCAGUGAGUCACUAAUUAUUUCGGCUAGUUCGCAUAAAAUUAACUUUAUUCAUUCAGUUAUCUGAUUCUUAACAUGGAAGUUUUCAAACUGUUUUGAAUGUCAGAUUUUCACACAUACUGUAUAUACACAUGUGUAUACACACAUAGUGUAUACAGAUGGAAAGCUUGGAGUCACUAAUGCUUACUAUGGCCCUACAUAACAGCUGUGGAAUACAGUAUGGAAAUAAUCAAUUUAACCUUUUUCUUCAUGCUUUUGUUUAAAAGUAUAUGUAAGAAUAGCAAUGGUCUUAUGCACUAACUGUCUCAGUUUUUAUUUGUGGAUACUAAAACAAAGACAAUGUCUAAUACUUUCAUUGGCAAAAGAGUAGGGGAGGAGACAAUCAGAUAUCCUUUUUCUAUUGAUCAUACAUAUUUCUCACACUAAAAGCAUCUUGGUUUAUCAUCAUUUCCCCCCCCAUUGCUUUUCACUAUCUCCACCCAACUGUUUUCAGUUGAUAAAAAUCCAGUCUAAAACCUAGGCAUAUACCAAGUUAUUUUAAUCACAUUUUCCUGUAAGGUUCUUACAUUUUUAAUAUAUAUUUUGAUAUGAAGUUUGAUAAUACGCAACCUAAAUGUUAUUUACCCAGAUCUAUAAGGAAAAAAGCAAAGUUACAGCAUCUUCUCUUAUUAUAUGUUUCUGCCUUCCCCUGUCUUUUCACUGAGAUAAAACUGAAUUGCUCCCAUUCUCAAUCCCACAUAUGGAGACAUCAAUGCAACAGUAAAUGUUAUUCUGCUUCUGUCACUCUGAGAAGCAAAUGUGGUGCUAAGCAUUAUCAUUCUUUCAGUGAUCACUGAAGAAGACGAAGACUAGAAAUUUAAUGAAACCACAAAGUCUAGCCCUUCUCUUUGGCCAGUAUGGUUAUGAAAUCUGGAACAGCCUGUAUUAAGCCAUCCAAUUCAUUUUGGAUGCCAGAGGCAGCAAGGGUGAGAAUAGACAAGUGCCUUAGUGUUAGAGAAGUAUCACAGCAGGGUCCAUCUGGAAGAGAUUUUUUUUCAAAUGAAAAAAAAAAAUAAAAUAAAAUAAAAGACAAAAUUGAGCUCAAACUCAUGGAAUGUACUUUAAACAGACCAUCAGCAGUGGCUCCUCACUGAUCUGGGCUCGUGUACCAGCUCGUGCUCUUAAGAAGGUUUUAUGCAUGGAGAAGUAAGGCUAACACCUAACACAGCAUAAAACAUUUUCUCAUCAAUUAAAAAUAAAAAUAAAAAAAAUCCAAAAUACCAUAGGCAAUCAACUUGUAAGUACUGUUGCUAGAAAUAUUGAUGGCAAAUGAUAUGUCCUCUCACUGAUGUGGAAAAUAUCUGACAGCAUAAAGCAAUAAAUAAAAGUUUGAAAGUUUAAA